AUGCAUGCUGCUGACUCUGUGUCUAAUAUGAGCGUGCGAAGGACCCCUCCAACCGGUGAGGGCUUCCAGCACAGCAGCAUCCGGAUUAACUUGGAGAAUUCGGAUCUAUGGAAGUCAUUUCAUAACGUCGGAACUGAGAUGAUUAUCACCAAACAUGGAAGGAGGAUGUUCCCUCACUGCAGUGUCAGCCUCUCCGGCCUUCAGCCUUUUGCUAACUAUGUCAUCAUGGUGGAUAUGAUCCCCGUGGACGGCUACAAGUACAAGUGGAAGAAGGAACAGUGGGAAGUUGCCGGAAAGGCCGAGCCCCAGCCCCCCUGCAGGACAUACGUGCAUCCCGACUCCCCUGCUCCGGGAAGCCACUGGUUGAAGCAAUCUCUCUCUUUUCUCAAACUGAAAUUGACAAACAACACACUGGAUCAGCACGGACAUAUUAUUCUCCACUCCAUGCACCGCUACUACCCACGGUUCCAUGUGGUCCAAGCUGACAGUCUGUACACAGUCAGAUGGGGGCCGUUCCAGACCUUCUCCUUCCCUGAAACGACGUUCACCGCAGUCACAGCGUACCAAAACCCUAAGAUCACCAAACUCAAGAUAGAUCACAACCCAUUUGCCAAAGGGUUCAGAGAAGGAGGCACCCAUUCACACAAGAGAUGCCGUGCACAAGGCAGCCCAUCUGGAAGUCCUUCUGCCAAAAAAGUACCGAAACCUUCACAUGAAAGCCCACAAAGUCUGCAAAAGAUGCGAUUACACACAGAGAAGGGCCUUACCUCCACAGAGCAGUCUCAGAAAGGCCCUCACUUCUCAGCUUGGCCCCCAGAGCAGGACGCAUCAGACAGGCUACACGCCGAGCCUCUGGACAUGGAGUAUGACUAUAGCUGUGAGGAGCAGAUGGUGCCUGCGUCACUGCCAUAUAAUUCUUACAGAUCUCUUGAAUAUGGCCGAUACCCUUUCCCCACCAGCGAAGCUGAACCAGCUCAGGAGCAGCCGACAGUUCACCCCCUCGCCACUGCAGAGUACACGGCCCCACAGCACCCAUACCACCACCCGUACGCCUACAGCAACACAGCUGACUGGAGCCAGCACCCUCUCUUCUCCUACACUUGCUGGUAA